CCGUUAAAGAAGGAAAAACUGGCGGUCUACAAUCCUUGUUUGAAAUGCAGAGCAGAAAUCCCCUCUUUCUCUCCCCCUCUCUCUCUUCUUAGCUGUCAAAUUGAAUCUUGGGAGUUUCCCGCUACUCCUCCGCCAAUGCCAUCGUCUCUAUGCACUCUUCCUUCUUUUUCGCCACCGUUUCAACCCUAACUCCGCAGGCGCAGCUCAUUCCUCUUCUCUAACGCUUACAGAUCGUGGCACGUAUUUAUCUCACUCUCCGCAUUGAUUAUCACUUGUUCAUUGCUAUGCAUUUCGUCUUCGAACUGGCUGUCGGUGCCGAUUGUAGCUCGAUGAAUUGCCAUUUCUAGGUUUCGUAUUGUUCUUAAUCUGAUUGAAAAUUGUGAUCAAUUAGUUCAGCACAAGUUGAAUAUUCGUCAUUACUCAAUCAUCUACUCCGUGAUUUGUUAAUUCGUGGGGCAUUUGAUUGUUUUCUCACUUCCCACUCUUUUGUUUGUGAGCAUCUGAGCUUGAUUUGCUCUCUGUAUUUCAUGCCAGUCUAGUGUGUAAAAUGUUGCAUUCGUUGCGGUUUAUUAUUUGUUUUUUUUGUUUCCCAUAAAUAGCAUAUGGAUGUCAAAGUAGAACCUUGAUGCAAUGAUAGCCUAUCUACAUGUUUCUAUGGUAAAGUUCUUAGUUUUUCCUCUUUAUAACUAGUACGCCGGUGUUUCUUCUUUUCAUAACUAGCACACUGCCCAUGCAAAUGCGCGAGGGUAAUGGGUGUGUAACUUUUUUAAAGAUUUGAUGGAUGUUUGUGGAUGCACUCCUGAUUCUAAUUGUUUUGUUAGUGAAAGCUAUUUUAAUAUUUUUUGCUGAAUAUUGAUAGUCGACUGACAAGGAAGUCAUGAUCCGAGCAAGAAAGGAGAUACGUACACCUGAAUCAACAAAAGAAGUUGGAUUUGCUUCAUACUCAUCAUUUUCUGACAGCAGUUCUGGUGUUGUGACUCCAAGAUCUUCUGAUUCUGGUUUAAGUGUCCGAGGAUGUUCCCAUCCAACCAAACGUUCCUCCCAAGCAGGCUGGACAGAUGAUGAGGAUAAGAGGCUUACUGAAGUAGUGCAGAAGUUCAAUGCCAAGAACUGGAAAAAAAUAUCUGAAUGCAUGCCUGGAAGAACAGAUGUUCAGUGCUUGCACCGUUGGCAGAAGGUUUUGAACCCAGACCUCAGAAAAAGCCCUUGGACAAAGGAGGAGGAUGAUCGUGUUAUUGAGUUUGUUGUGAAGUAUGGUACUAAGAAAUGGUCAUAUAUUGCAAACUUUGUACAUGGUCGAAAUGGAAAGCAGUGUCGGGAAAGGUGGCAUAAUCACUUGGAUCCGGCAAUCAAGAAAGAUGCAUGGACGAAAGAGGAGGAAGAAACUUUAAGACACUACCAUCAACUACUUGGUAACAAAUGGGCAGAAAUCGCGAAGUUUCUCCCUGGAAGGACUGACAAUGCUAUAAAAAACCACUGGAAUUGCUCGGUUAAGAAGAGGCCUGAUAUGAAUUCGCCUCCUAUAUUGGCAAUGGAAUCGCAGGGAAGUUCAUAUCUGAAUAUCUUCAAUAAUGAAGAAGAAAAACUGCAAGCUGAAAGUGGUACAAUAUCGCCUAAUCCAGACCAGAAGGUCACUCAGAAGAGUGAUGGUUCCUGUUCUACAAUCAUGGCAUUUGGCAAUACUAAAUUUCCUGCAGAUCAUGCACAGGCAAAACCUGCACUGCUGGAUUCCUGCAGAUCUUAUGAGAAAGUGAGUACAAACGGUGUUCAUUUUGGUUCCCCGCCCACCAGUAUAAGUAGCAGUUGUUUCAAUGGCAUCUGCAAUAGAGUCGGAUCAUAUAACAAGUCAACCAACUCGUUGAAUGAUGUUAGAGAAGAUGCUCUGGAUAGCGUCCCUACAAAUGCAAAAGUGUUUACAUCUACUCAGAUGUCUAGAGACAGCCCGUGUGUAACAGAUGGAAGUUGUGAUUACUCACCUGUUGAUACCGUUUUAAGUCUCUCAGUGUGUGGAUACAUUGACAAUAGUAAAAAGAUCAAGAAAAGGAGGAUCUGUCAAUCACCUCUAUUGGCUGAUGAGGGGAGUGGAUUGUCAUGUUAUGAUCCUUCUCGUCCGAAUGGUUCCGAUAUUAAAACUGAACAUGCUAGUUAUCAGCUCGUUAGUUCCUACCCCAUUAACCUGGCACUGUCUAUCUCUAGUCCAGAAUCCAUACUGAAGAGUUCAGCCAUAAGUUACAGAAAUACGCCUUCAAUCAUACGGAGGAAAACAUAUCGAGAAGCAGCUAGUGGAAUUUGCUCUAGCACUUCGAUGCACGCUGCUGGCUGCUCAAAUUUGACGAGUGAGAGAGGUUGGUUGCCUUGUCACGACACCGGAUCUGAUUCAUCAGUUAUAGGACAAGCUGUGGAAAGACGGCUCGAACAUUCAUUCGAUUUAGAGUGGGAUUCGAGCUCUGUAAAAUGUUACACUCCAGGAUCAUCACAACUCAGAUCUGAUAAAAAGAUAGUCUUGGCACCCUGAAAAAGAAUGUUGCAGGCAAUCAGUGUGCCAUCAAAGAAACAAUCUUGUGAGUGAAGCCAGAGCCGGAACAAGACAAGUAAUUCGAGGCGUGAGGUGGAAAGAAUAAAGACUACAAAUACAAUAAGUCCUAUGAAUUUUUCUUUUUCCAAAUAUAUAUCUUGUUCUUUCAACCAACUUGUUGAAAAAUCUUUUCUAUGAUAUAUAACAAAUCAAUAU